ACGGAGGGAGGAGGGAGGGGGAAACGGCGUAUGCUUGUAUACAACCCUGAUUUCCAUUUUUUUCCCAACUCGUAAUGUAUUUAAUUCAAGUGAAACGUAAUCAUGACGUGUCGUGUCAUUAAUCUCCUCGCCGCCUCUCCCAAAAUUAAAGGAGGAGGCUGCCACAGAAGUGUGUCCCCAGUCAGCCGAGACACUAGAGAAUGGCAUAACAUCACACACACUUCUGAGAAUGGAUUCUCCGCCAGAGUGUGUGUUGUCUCUUUCUUGUGAGCAGCCCCAGUCUCCCCCAACACUGCCAUCCCUGGACCACAGCCCCCAGGCCUCUUUUCCUCACACCCAGUUCUCUCUACCCAACAGCCCUGUUGUCCUGCCAAUUCACAGCCCUGAACCUUCCCCUCAGAGCCCAGACACCACGCCUUAUUUCCCCCUCUCUCCCUUCCCCCUCCACGGGGACAACAAUCACCACGAUGUUGAUGAAGAAGAUGAUGCAGAAGGCCUGGAUGGAGUUCCUCCGUCCCCAACCCCAGCAGUGGCUCUUUUCCCAGGAGGAGGGGGACAAGAAGCUGCAUGCAGCCCUUGUUUGGACUCCUCUCCACCAGCCACACCAUCAGCCCCAAUCCUGGGGUUUGGAGCCCUGGAGCUGGCCCUCUCAUCUGGGCAGAGUGGAAACUGCAACGACGAGCUAGACCUCCAGCUGUUCCAGAAAGAUACUGUUACCAGGGCGAUACCUGGAGUGGGAGGGGCUUCACCAGGGCCUGCGCUCAGGUUUCCCUGUCAUGUAUGCGGAAAGAGAUUCCGAUUUCAAAGCAUUUUGUCUCUUCAUGCCCGAGCUCACAGUCUGGACCGAGACCGCCGAGCUUCAGCUCUAUACCGGACUGGACUCCCCUCAGCACCCCUGAAGCAGCACCUCAAAAUUCAACAGAACCACAAAGACUUAAUCCAGAAUCACAGAAGUCACCCAAACCAGCGUAUACUGCCAGGGACUCUCAUUCAACAUCUCACAGAAGAGGAUGUUAAUGGUGAGGUCAAAGGUCUAGAAAACGGCCUACAGACAGACCAGAACCCAAACUUUUUACUGGAUGACAGCACACCAUUGACCCCUCCACUUACAGAGGACCCUGUUUCUGUGACCCCUCCCUAUUCUUCUACAAUUGGGGAGGGUGCAUCUACUCCUAUAGCACCUACGUUUCGCUGCCAUGCCUGCAAAGGAAAAUUCCGUACGGCUUCGGAGUUGGCGCGCCAUGUCCGCAUUCUUCACAACCCGUAUAAAUGCACUCUUUGUCCUUUCUCUGCCAGCCAAGAAGAGAGCCUGGCAUCCCACUUGCAGGAGUGCCACCCUCCCCCUGAGGUACCUGCUCUGCCACCAGCCUUCAAUUCAAGGGGCAUCAUUACAACUCCUGAUACUCCUGUGCCCACCCCGACCCAUACCCCAGCUCCAACCCCAAGUACAGCACAGGUGACAGCAGCAGCUACAGCGGCUGCAUCCCCGGCACUGCCAGCAUUUCGCUGCGAUACUUGUGGGCAGCGGUUUACCCAGUCUUGGUUCCUCAAAGGACACAUGCGAAAGCACAAGGACUCCUUGGACCAUAAGUGCCAGGUUUGUGGCCGUGGCUUCAAAGAGCCUUGGUUCCUCAAAAACCACAUGAAAGUACAUCUCAACAAGCUUGGGCUGAAGGCAGGACUGGGGCCCCUUGGGGGACCAGGAGGUGCAGAGCAGCAAGCCAAAGGCUCUGCUAAUAAUCAGUCUCUCAAUGCCCUAUAUUCGAGCCUCCUUCUCGCCCAGCAAAGAGGUGGUAGAGGUGGACAAGGAAGAUCAGAGAGAGAAAGUGGAGGAAGAAUGGGCAUGGGUUCAAGCAAGUCAGCCAUUCUGGGCUACCUCGGGUUGCCCAAUGAUGGCAGUGGGGCCAGCUGCAUGGAGAGACUUCAAGCAGUGGCUCAGGUGGCGGAGAUGGGAAAUGGUGGUGGUGGUGGCGGCAUUGGCGGCUCAGGAGUAGGGGACCCAGGAAGAGGAGGGGGAGCAACCAGAGGAGGGGGCACAGGUGAGACUACCACAUCAAUUUCAGAAGGAGGAGACCAGGCAACUUGGUGGCAGCUGGUGGCUCGCAGCCUGGCAGUAGCUCAACAGCAGCAGCAACAGCAACAGCAGCAGCAGCAGCAGCAGCAGAGGUCCCACCAGCGAGGCCAGCAACAAGGCCAGCGAGGCACAGGUCGGAGCUCGGUGAUCACAGAGGCCGAACAAGUCAGAGCCUACCUUGGAGGCCUGGAUCCAAGAGAAGAGUCUGGUGGAGCAGGAGGGCCAUGGGAAUGCCCAGACUGUGGAAAGCUAUUCCGCAGCCUGCAGCAGGUGGUGGUUCAUGCUCGUGUUCACACUCAGAGGCCCCAGAAAGGAGGUGGUGGCGAAGAGGAGGGGAGUGGUAGUCGCAGAGGAUCAGGGCUAGGAAGACGAGGUAGCGGUGAAGUGAGGCAGGAAUCUCAGCUACACAGUAGUGGAUCCCAACAAACCGGAGAUGUGAGACAGGAAUCAAAACUGCACAGUGGUGGAUCACAUCAAGCAGGAGGAUCUGCGGGGUUUCACUCUAUCAUCUCAAGCCUCAAAGGAGAAAAUGGCUUGACAGCAGUCUCCUCCAUACCUUCAGUUCCCACCAGGGAGCGAGUGCGUGGUAGAGGGAUAAAAGACUGCCCCUACUGUGGUAAAGCCUUCCGCUCUUCACACCAUCUCAAAGUGCACCUGAGAGUUCACACAGGUGAGAGACCCUACAAAUGUCCCCACUGUGACUAUGCCGGUACCCAGUCGGGCUCGCUGAAGUACCACCUCCAGCGGCACCACAGGGAGCAACGCAACGCCUUGUCAGCCUCCUCCAAUUCUUCCUCUAGCGGUCUCACCUCCACUAUCCACAGUCUGACCUCUGGAACCUCUGGACUGGCCAAGCAGCGCCGAUCCCAGCUCAACCACUGUCCAGUCAGCCGAGGCCCAACCGACCCCACCUCCCAGCCCGGCCAGCAGUCCUGGCUCCUUGGGGUUCCAGACCAGCGAGAGCAUCGGAAGGCCUUGGCGGCUCUAAGGGAUGUCGACUUGGAGACCCAGUACAGGUAUCUAUCUGGGGUGAUGGGGGCCCUUUACCAAGGUGGAAUGGAAGGAGGCUGGAUUAGAGAGUCUCCCCCACCGAAGGCCCCUAAAGUGUCCCGUCGUAAGCCCCUUACUACUAGCCGAAUGGUUCAGUCGUCGAGUGACAAGGAGGGGCCUGCGCUUUCAACUCAAGAGGGGGGUUUUGAACCACUGGAUCUGUCCCGUCGCCCCUCACCUGGCCUUGGAGGCGUGGAGGAGGAUGGAGGCAUGAGUGUAGGGGAGGGAGGAGGUGUUGGUGGUGGGGAUGGCGGAGGGGAUAGUUCAACAGGGAUCAAACUGAGCCAGUGUUUGUUCUGCCCUUUCCGUACAUCUUCAGCAGAGCUGAUGGCCAUGCACCUGCAGGUCAACCACACCAGUAAGUCCAGGCGCAAAAGAGCCCCUUCUACCGCCUUGGAUGAUGAUGGAGCCCCAAAGGCCACCAAGCCCCGGAUGGAUCAGUCUGAUCUUGACUCUCUGACAAUAUGGAGGCAUGUUACUGAGGCAGAGUCCCAGGCACCACUCGGGGAAUGGUCCUCAAUGCAGACCAAGACCCUGAACGGGCUCUCUCCGGCUACAGACGACCAUCUGGACGACAUCCUCGACCACCCAGACGUGGCAUCAGUAUCCAAGAAUGUAAGAGACCGUCUGGCACUCAAGGGAACGAUGGAGGGGGAUGAGGAAGAGCAAGAGGAUGAAUUGGAAGAUAUUUUGGAGAACAGCAGUCUGGAGGAUUCGGAGGACCAGGAUCUGAGGAUGUCCCUGGCUCUUUCACCAGCCCUGAGCUCCAACCACAUGGUUGGAGAGGAGGAAAGAGUCUUAACAGAUUAAAAUCCUUUGGGAUGACAUCAUUUAAAUUGA